UGUUGAUUACGUCAUGUUCUCUGACCUCCGUUUGUCAGUGGACAUUUUUUUGUUCGUGAAACAGCGGCUGACGGCGCCAUAUUGAAAGACCCAAAUUCUUCUAAUAAACGUUAAAAACAUCGCAUUUGCCAAGAUGCUGUACCUAGAGGAUUAUCUCGAAAUGAUCGAGCAGCUACCCAUGGAUCUCCGCGACAGGUUUACGGAAAUGAGGGAGAUGGACCUGCAAGUUCAAAAUGCAAUGGACCAGUUGGAGCAGAGGGUUAACGAGUUUUUCGUCAACGCUAAGAAAAACAAGCCCGAGUGGAGGGAGGAACAGAUGGAGGUGAUCAAAAAGGACUAUUAUAAAGCCUUGGAAGACGCAGACGAAAAAGUACAGCUGGCCAAUCAGAUUUACGAUCUGGUGGACCGUCACCUGAGGAAGCUGGACCAGGAGCUGGCCAAGUUCAAGAUGGAGCUGGAGGCCGACAACGCCGGCAUCACCGAGAUCCUGGAGAGACGUUCCCUAGAGAUGGACAGUCCCUCUCAGCCGGUCAACAACCACCACGUCCACUCACACACCGCAGUGGAAAAGAGGAAAUACACCACGCCAACACACCACACCACAGAACACGUCCCUGAGAAGAAGUUCAAAUCUGAAGCCCUGCUCUCCACGCUCACAUCAGACGCCUCCAAGGAGAACACGCCAGGCUGCCGCACCAACAGCACGUCCUCAGCCACUAACAACGUGUACAGUGUGAACUCAGGGCAGCCCCUGGCCUCCUACAACCUCAGCUCUCUGUCCAGCGGGGCCGGGGCAGGGGCCAUCACCAUGGCAGCAGCACAGGCCGUGCAGGCCACCGCACAGAUGAAGGAGGGCAGGAGGACGUCCAGUCUGAAGGCCAGCUACGAGGCCAUCAAGAACAGCGACUUCCAGCUGAACCGGGAGUUCUCCCUGUCCCGGGACACGGCCGGCUACUCCUCCUCCGCCCUGGCCAACACCCUCACCCAGACCCUCGCCCCCGCCACCGCCUCCUCCGACUCCCGCGGGGGGGGCCGCAAGACCAAAGGCAGCACCAAGUCUUCCAACCACCAGUCGUCCUCCUCGUCCUCGUCCUCCUCGCUGUCCUCCUGCUCCUCGUCCUCGGCCCUGGCCCAGGAGCUGUCCCAGCAGGCCUCUGCGCUGCCCGAGGCCGACACCAACAGCCAGGUGGACUGGAACUACGACCCCAACGAGCCCCGCUACUGCAUCUGCAACCAGGUGUCUUAUGGAGAGAUGGUGGGCUGUGAUAACCAGGAUUGCCCCAUCGAGUGGUUCCACUACGGCUGCGUGGGGCUGACAGAAGCCCCCAAGGGGAAGUGGUACUGCCCCCAGUGCACCGUUGCCAUGAAGAGGAGAGGGAGCCGCCACAAAUGAGACCCUUCCCCCUGCGUCCAGGACCCCCCCCCCUACACACACACACACCCUGCAGACUCCCUCAGACACCCCCCCUACACACACACCCUGCAGACUUCCUCAGACCCCCCCCCCUACACACACACACACCCUGCAGACUCCCUCAGCCCCCCCCCCUACACACACACCCUGCAGACUUCCUCAGACCCCCCCCCCCCUACACACACACCCUGCAGACUCCCUCAGACCCCCCCCCCUACACACACACCCUGCAGACUCCCUCAGACCCCCCCCCCUACACACACACCCUGCAGACUCCCUCAGACCCCCCCCCCUACACACACACCCUGCAGACUCCCUCAGACCCCCCCUACACACACACCCUGCAGACUCCCUCAGACCCCCCCCCCUACACACACACCCUGCAGACUCCCUCAGACCCCCCCCCCCCUACACACACACACAACCUGCAGACUCCCUCAGACCCCCCCCAUUCCAUCUCCUAAUUAACUGCCACUAAACCCCCCCCCCACUCCACCCCGUCACUAGAGCGGACCUGCGGUGGACACAGAGAAGACUCGUCUACCUGUGUGACCUUUCAUAGAGGUCAGGGGUCACUCAGGGUCAAACCCUUUUGGUUUUUGGAAGCGGUUUGGAUGGAGGAAAAACGGCACAGGGAAGAAUUCCUCAUACUCCUCGCCCUGCAUAAAUGAGGAAUGGUGAACUCUUGUGCCCGCCAUCGACCAGUAACCCCCCCCCCCCAAUUACAUGCCCUCAUCAGAAUUGGAUUGCUCGCCUUUUCCUCUGUGACAGAGGGCCACACCCACCCUCCUGCUUCCACGCAUGGUCGCAAGAACUGCUCAUCAGAGGAAGCUGUAGCGAGGGCGCCAAUGAUUAUUUGGCCUGGGAAAUGUAGUCCACGGGUGCUUGUUGGACUACAACUCCCAGGCUUUCGAUUUUGAACUCUAAACCAUGUUGAAAUGUAACUAUGACUUUGACCACGGUGUUUGUGUUCAUGGUGACUGGGAUGGAGACGCCGGUAACGUGUUCCGCUGUCCGCGUGUGACUGAGUCCCCAUUGAGUCUCUUCAAAACUAGUUUUCUGAAUAUACAGUAUAAGAACAAAGUCAUAAGUGAAGCUGGUAUGUGGAUGUGUGUGUGUGUGUGUAUCGUGCGUGUGAGUUUGUGUGUACGUGUGUGUGUGUCACUAGUCAUUCUGCACUGAGAUGGUGUGUACAAGUUUCCAGAGAUGUAGAAAAAAAACUCAAUAAAAUGAUCAAAUUCUUUUGAUAAA